AUGGAUUAGCAAUUAUCUGGUGUGCUCUUGUCAAGAGACAAAUGGAAGCCUGAGAGUAAAGUGACCAAGUGUGAACAUUGUGAUAGACAAUUCUAUUAUUUGUUCAGAGCCAAACAUCAUUGCAGGAAAUGUGGAUUGGUCUUUUGUUCAGAUACCAAUUUUAUAGACGGACUUCAUUUCGCAUAAAACACAGAGAAGAAAGUAAGAUUGUGUGGAGUUUGUUAUGAUUAAGUAUUAAAAUUGUUGAAAGCAUAAGGAUACAAAUUAGAAAACACCUUUGAAACCAGAGUAGUCAGUGUAUCUAUUGACAAAGGUUAAUUGAAUUUUUCAAGAAGGGAAUCCAUACACAAAUUGGAUGAUCAAUCCUAUACAAUCUCCAGAUCACAAACCACUCAAGUGACUGAAGAAUAGGAGGAUAAUAUGAACAAUGAUCAAGAAUUCAAUCCUGAAAUUAUUUAGGUGAGUAUACAAAGUUAUUUCCCACCAGAAGAAUAGAACAAAAAUAAGGAAUCAGAAUUAUUGAAAUCAUAAUUAUCGCUUCUCAAAGAAAAAUGUUAUUCAUAAAUGGAAAAUAUUUGUGAUCAUAGUUUAAAGAUCUUUAUUCAACCUCAAAAAAAUCAUGAUAAUCAUUUUGAAAGUCUCAAAGCCACUACCUUUGAAUUUGUUAAAAGAGCUGUUGAAGACAUCUAAUUUUCAUCUCUAAACUCUGAUCCUCUAGAUAUCACCUGCUAUGUAAAAACUAAAUUAUUGCCAUACAAAGACUACUCACUAACUUGUUACUUUCCAGGCAUUGUCAUCAGAAAGAACAUAGCACUGAAAAGAAUGCAAACUGAACUCUAUAAGCCUCGCAUUUUGAUUAUUCAUGGCAAUCUGGAUUUCAUUGAAGAGACUCAAUAAUUUGAUGAUUUCAUUACCAAAGAAAAAAGAGUACUCUAAGAUUACAUAGAGAAAAUUAAAGAGAACUUCAGACCUACCAUUAUUAUAGUUGAAAAAUCAGUCAGUAAAGUAGCAUUAGAUAUUUGUUGUAAAUUCAACAUCACAGUUGUUUAGAAUGUGAAAAUCCAUUAAUUAAGAAAAAUAGCAAAAUGCACAGGUUCUAAGUUUGUGCGUCUAGAUAAAUUAGAUGGCUACAUACAAAAAGAAACAUAAGUCACUGGAAAUUGUGAAAAGAUCUUCUUUCGUAAUUUUCCAAGACCAACACUUGAUAAAUAAGAUACAGCUGGAAAGGAUAAUACAUUGAUGUUCAUUGAAACAAAGGAUGGUAAAAAUGGAGUUACAAUAAUGUUAUCAGGACCAUAGGAAGAUUUAUUAUAGAAAUGGAAAUAGUGCAUUGUUGGUUGCAUGAGAUUAGGCAAACAUUUUGAUGUGGAGAGAAACAUCCUGCUUUGCGAAUAAAAAUUAAGAUAAAAUAAACAAUUCAAUUUUUGUGUUGGUGAUUUUACAAAGUUCUUAUUUGAGAAGGUUAAUUUAAAAGAAGUCAUCAAACCAGAUCUAGCUUAUGUAAAAAUUAAUUAUGCUAGAGCAGACAUUCAUAAUUUUAAUGAUAUCAAAGAUAUGAAUGCCCUAUUGGCUUAUCAAAAAGAGUUUCCACCUCAGAAAGACAAGGUGGUUGACUUUUUUGCUGAUAUGUGCAAUAUGCCCACUGAGAAACCCAAGGCGUAUUAUCAUUCAAAUGAUGAUAUGUCCAUAGGUGCAUUUAUCAUACUAAAAGUCGCAAACCUAUAAUUCAGAUGUGAAUAUUGCAAAUUCCCAAGGAAUAGUCACGUUUCCAUUUAUUAUAAUGCUGGCAAAUACGUCAAAUUCAGUGUGGAUGGACAAAUGAAUCAAAUAAAAUAGAUAGUACUGCAAAAGGAAUAAUCAUAAAUCUAGCAGAGUGAUGAGAAUAGGACAUUCCUCCUGAAAGAUUUACCAAGCAUAAUCAAACAGAAUCAUUAAAAUGAAAAGAUACAGAUUGAAACAUAUUUCGAAUGCAAUCUGUGCAUGCAACUAUUGUCAGACAGAGUCAUCUUGAGUUAGAAGUAUUUGGAGUAUUCCUUUUUACGAUUCUUGUAAUAAUUGUUCCUUACUCAAAACAUCUCUACCAAUAAUUAUCAGAAUACGACAUCCUGCAAUCACGCUCAAGUUUAAAGAGUCUAUUCGUAUUAUGGGUAUUAGAUGAAGGUGAUGGUGGGGGAAUUUGAUGUCUAUCAGACUACCUUAUUGAAUUUCUCUGAUAAUUCAUUAAAUGAUUAUCUAAAGAGUUGGGAGUAGGGUUACAUCAGACAACACAGAGAUGAAUUGAUGAUUAAAUUGAAUACUUUUGGAAUUACAUUGAUCAAUCUUAUACCUAAAUCAUUAGCCAAGGGAGAGAUUGAUUUACUGAUUAAAUCAAUUAAAUAACUUAAGGAAGAGUGUGAGAAGAUAUUGGCUGAAACACAAUAUACAUCGAUCUUUUAAGUACUCAAACAAUCCCAGGACUUUGGACUCCAAUAUAAGAAUAUCAUGCAAAGUAUUUAAGAACACAAGAAGAAGAAAGAAUUGAAUCCAGAUUUCAGAAAUAUCAUACAGAAUGCAGCUGUUAAUUUAAAGAAUUAGGAUUCAAUACUAACAACCAAUAAUAAUCUGAUUAAAACAACCUAUGAAUUAGAGAAAGUGGAUUCUGGUAAUAAUUUAAACGAGGUCAAGUUGUACCAUUCAAAUUAAGAAUUAGAGGAUCAUUAUCUUACUUCACAAUAAAAGGCUUCCAUGCAAGAUAUUGAAGAAUCUAAUCACAGAGCAAGUUCAGGAAAGGCUGAUUUGAGUGAUCUACUUAUACCACCUCAUUAUUCCCCUGAAUUAGACACUCAAUAGUCUCCUCUAUUUGUUAGAAACCAUCGAAGAAAUGGAUCUGAAAUCCAAAAUAAUUAACUCAUUAUCAAUUUAAUUGAUACAAAUUAAACAUUGCAAUAAUCCAUUUAAAAAACACAUCAUGAUUCCAAUAAGGAUCUGGAUAGUGUGACCUUAGGUCAGUCUAACAACUUUAUACCCGCCAUUGAAAUCAACAAUUUCCAAAAAGAAUGGAAUAUAAGUUCAUUCCUGGCAGAAUAAUAAAAGUUGAUUAAGACUCAGAUGAUUUAUGAAUUUGUUCCGAUUUAUGAAAAUCAACCCUUAUCCUACUUAUCAUUCGCACUCAAUCAUCCUAAAUAUAUCAAUGAGAUCUAUCAAAAAGAAAAUUUUGGUAUGAUAGAGUCUACACAAAAAUCAUCUGAGCAGGCUAAACUGUUCUUCUAAUAAUUAUUAUACCCCAAGGAACAGAAAUAGGAAGUCGAAAACAUUAGAUACAUGAGUGUUGAUUUAGGUAAUAACAAUUUAAAUCAAUAAUAAAUAUAUUAGAAAUAGGACAAUAGGGACAUUUUCAUUUUGAAAAUCAAUUAUGAUGUCGAAAAAAAGAAUGACAGAUCAAAUACCCUCAUAUUACAAUAAUAACAAUAAUAAUAACAAUAUCAAGUCAACUUAUCUUAUCAAUUUGAUGAUGCUCAAUAAGAAAAGUCAUUGCCAUUAAAUAAUUAAUAGCAAUUCGUGCCAACCACUCAGGUUCGAAAAACAAAGUGGAUUGAAGUGUUAAUCUAUUUCCCCACUUAAUUCGAAGCUCUAAGAUUAUUAGCAGGUAUCACCUUAGCACAAUUCAUCAAAUCCAUCUCAUCUACGAAUAUUUGGAGUGCCUCUGGAGGUAAGUCUCAGUCCAAAUUCUACAAAUCCAAUGAUGAGCUAUUUGUAUUCAAAAAAUUAGAAUAAGACAAAGAGUUCUUGAUGUUUAAACAAUUUGCACUUGAUUAUUUCAAACAUAUGUACAGACACUUUUAUGAAUCCAAACCUUCUCUCUUAAGUAAAAUCUUUGGAAUGUUCGAAAUCAGAGACAGAGGACAAACUGAAUACUUCUUAGUAAUGGAAAACCUAUAUUUCGGAAUGGGGGAUCCCUCUAAUUUGUUGGUCUACGAUCUCAAAGGAAGUGAAACCAACAGACUAGAAAAGAAGAAGAAAGGAGUCCUUCUUGAUACUAACUUCAGAAUUGACAGAAAUUCAGAACCUAUUCCUAUUCUCAAGGAAAAUUACAGAUACAACGACAGAGCAUUCUAAAUCGAUUGCAAAUUCCUCAAUAAACAAAAUGUUAUUGAUUAUUCAUUGUUGUUGAUCAUUGACUAAAAGCAAAAGAAACUCAGAAUGGGUAUUAUUGAUUAUUUAAGAUUCUACACCUGGGAUAAGGAAACUGAACAUUAUUUAAAGUAUUUAUUAAAGGGAGGAAUGGUACCUACCAUUGUUAAUCCAGGAGAUUAUAAAAAGAGGUUCAUUAAUGCAAUAUUAAAAUAUUUUAUACCAGUGUGAAUAAAUUAAUCAUUAAUACU